AUGUACACCAAACAUCUUGAGCUUCAACAACAGUGGAUCCCUUCAAGUGUUCUUGCUGAAUCAGACAAAGGUUAUGGCAUUGGUGACAGUCGUGUAAAUUAUGGAGAUGAAAAGUUCCACAUAUACACGCACGUCCACAGCGAUCCAACAGAAGACAGCAAACAAGGACACGAAGGAGAUGCUCUCUUCAUAGUGACAGACAACGGUGAAGUAGAAAAGGUGUGGCCAUGGGGAUGCAGUCAUAUGAUGUCUGGUUUACAAGGUUGGAAUAAUAACACCAAAACAAUGAUUCAUGACUUGGUAUUUUUGCAGAGAAUUCAGACCAGUAUAAUCUUUAUUAACAUGCGGCCAAUAGAGGUGGAUGUACAGCCGGGGAAAUUGGUGGUAUAG